UGUUCGUGUUGACAGCAUUUGGAAGCCAAAUCAAAGUUAAUGUUUAUGGCUUAUCUUGUGGUCAAAGGUCACGCACGUGUUUAUAUCAGUUCAGAGGCGUCGGAUUUGAAAUCAAAAACAUAAACUAAGUAUGAUCGAGGCUUCCAAAUACUGGACUCUAGAUAUAGAAUAUAGAGCCGAAUGAAAAUGUACUGGUAUAUAUGAAGGCAUCUUAAUAUUCAUCAUGACAGCAAACAGAAUAAGAGUUUACAAGGCUGCCACUGAACGAUUGAAUGCACCUGAAGAAAUUUUCAAGGAGCUCAUAAACGACUACUACCUCAGUGUCCUCCUUGAAACGCCAGAUGAGAAGGAAAAUGUGUUGCAGAACUGGUUCAGAACAGUCAGUUGUCAGGAGAGUGAAUACGGCCUCAGGGCUGCAGCAAGGGCUUUAAUUUACCAGGACUUGGAAAAUGGAGUUCCUGAUGUAGUCAUAUUGGAACUGGUGAAUUCAGUUGCAUCUUACAAACUGCCUGGUCGGAAUGAAGACGAAAAAUCAAAAGGCACAUUUCAAGAAGUCUUUAUAGAUGAAACUAUGAAAAUAUUUCAAUCUGUUCUGCUGAAAUCUUCAAUUACAAAUUUGCCAGAAAAAAUGAAGGAUAAUCGACUGUUCAUUAUAUGCAGAUUAAUAGGAGAACUUUUCCUGCAGCACUAUUUUUCUUGUGAGGCAAUCCUAAACAUUAUAUCCCGCCUUCAAAGACAGCGCACUGAUGCCUCUGUCCAAGCCUUGUGUGUGCUGCUCACCAUUGUUGGAGGCUGCCUGGAUCGCUGCGGAAUUCACACUGAAGCCAUGAAUAACAUUUUCAACUCCAUGAAAAGUUUUCGUCAGAGAAUGAAACCAACUGAAAGUACUCUAAAAAUGAUCAGGACCCUCUGUAAAUUUAGAAAGAACAACUGGACACUUAUUCAGUUGCCACCAGCGCCCUCUCCAGGCUAUCUGGAGGCAGCAGGAGAACAGAUGCUGCCCAGUGUGCAGUUCAUUACCCCAGGUAGCCUGGACUGGAACACUGUUGGACAAGACAACGAGGAAGAGGUCCCAAGAGUGCCACACGAUUUCUCUCCUGAAGACCAGGACUGCACGUGGGGGGAUCCAAACUUUGACAUGUAUGGUUUCUUUAUCGAGCAUCAGCAUGCGUGGGAUGCAUGGCGUGGGUGUACCUGGGUGCCAGUGGGACCUCAGCUCGGCCCACCUCAUUCUCCGCAUGCUCUCAGCGCAGCAGCCAGCGAUGCUUCGGACGAGCCGGAUAUCAUAGAGUAUCACCCCAGCGGUGAGGAAUAUGGGGCUGAUCAGGUGGCCGAUAGAUUAGAAAGCCAGCUGCAGGAGCUGCUAUCAGAGGCACAGCAGGUGGAAGAGAGGACAAGCAGAGAGGAGGCAGAGGAAGCACAGGCAGUUGAGGAAGAGGAGGAGGAGGAAGAAUCGGAGCCAGAGUCGGAUUAUGAAGAUGCCAGAGCAUACCAAAGUUACAGUCCCAACAGUUCUGCAGAAAAUAUCACCAAAAGCUUGGUAGCUAACUGUAGUGAAUCAGGUAAAGCACCUGAAACAUCAGCGGGUAUGGAAGCAGCUAGAGCAGCCCAUUCCACAGAUAUUGUCAAGGAAGCAGUGGCAUCAGAAGAAGAAGACACAGACACUGAAGAAAUGGAGGCUUCCGCAGUAAGGACACCAGAGGUGGGAGAAAAAACAUUGACAUUUGAAUCUAAGGGACCAGAACUAAAACCAGUGGACACUGCAGUUGAGUAUGUGGAAUUUGUAGUUCCAGUGGACGUUGCAAUGGAACCAGUGGCAGAAGCAGUUCUACAUACAGAAAUUAGUGAAUGUUUGGAAGAUUGGUCAGAUUGUCCAGGAGCUAUAGGUCCAUUGGUGAUUAAAACUCCAUGUAAAACAAGCACAGCACCUGCAGAAGCCUCUGCAGGAACCAUAAUAUCAGCAUUGGUCGAACCAGCUUCGACAGAUUUUUCAUCGAGAAAUGAAGGAGGAGCAGAGUUUACAACACCUGUAAAGCAAAUGACUGCAGAUGACGCUGUAGAAGACACAAAAAUGACAAAGGCAAAUGAAAUGGUAAACAAUACAAUGCUUAACGAAAAGCCAGCAACACAAGUUAUGACAGCAGUUGAAGAAACAUCAACAAAAAGGAUGACAACUACAACGAAAAUAACAGGGACAAACGAGACGGUAACAAGGGAGAAACUAACAAAAAAGAAAAAGUCAUCGUCAGCAUUGAAUUUGGCAGCAAAAAUAGCAGCAUUGGAAUUGACUGCCACUGCACCAGUGCGAGAAUUUCCCACAGCAGGUCUGUUGGCACAAAGCACGCCCACACCAACAACCGUGGCAUCACCAGAACCCGCGAAUGUAAGAGAAGAAAAAGAGGAAAAGAAAACUUGGUGGGUACAGGCAGCAUGCAGCAGACUGAUACUCAACAGUAUCAAUACAUGGCAGUCCAUGUCGAGAAGAGAACGAAUGAUUUCAGUUUUAACUUGUCUAACUUUUGUCAGUGACAUUUAUUUGUCCACUAUUAACACCACACACACGAGUUCUAUAAACAUUCUUCCUGUUAUCAAGUGGAUGAAAAGUCAGUAUGUCAUCUUAAAAUACAACGGUUCAGAAUGCUGAAACUUACCGGACUGCUGAGGUGAGGGAGGAGUUCCUCAGCUGGCAGACGACAUGUAGCGAUAAAGACAAAGUAACAAUAUGUUUGUGGCAAUAACGUGUGUCAUUACAAUGCGCUUCCGUGAAAGAAAAACGUAUAAUUUUUAAUUCCUUAAUGCUUUUUUUUUUGGUAACCCGAGGAGAAAAUAAAGAAAUUAAACUGAUAUUUAUGAACCUUAUGGCAAUUAUCAGACCAUCGAAAUGACAAUUAACGUGUCGAUGUAAUUUCAAUCCCAAUUUGUUGUCAAAAUGGCAUUACAUUUAUGUCCUGUUCUUUCAAACGGU